AAAUAAUGAUGUACGGGAUCUCUUGUAAAAAGUUUAAAAUCAGUGCUCUCCACGCCUUCCACACCUUCAGCUAACGUGCCACCCUCGGUAUUUUACCUCCAUUGACUAUAUUAACAAUCAGUCACAAUCUACCUACAGCAAUCCUUGCGUGAAGAAUUUCCCACACAAGUAAGAAUACUUGUGGACUAAUGACAAUGAGCUCUGGCCAGUUGAUCUCUACAAACCCCUCUAAGAGAAAAACACUGUUGCAAUCCUGGAGACAUUUGUUCCGGCAAGCAAUGAGGACGAUUCUCUGUGAGCAUUGUACAGAAAAGAAAAGGAGAAUCGUCAGCUACGGUGAGGUAUGGGGCACUGUAAACAUGGCAGGUAUUUGAGAUAAUAUUUUAGUAUUUACAACGUCGAAAAGGAGGUUGCACACUGGCAGCGGCUCCUUGUGUGGGUCCAACAGCAGAGGAUGGCCGGUGUCAGCGCCGCUCUGCUUCGUUCCACUGAAUACUCGCGUGCUCCCUCCGAGAUUUGCUGCUUCACCCUGCGUCUUCAAUUUCUGCCUUUUGCCCCUUGUGUGUGGUCCAACCCACUCGAGAUCUCAAAUUGCGGAAUUCUUGUUUCAUUAUCAUCUGGUGUCUCUGACUUCGAAUAUGGCAUUGCUCUUGGCUGGACAUGAGAUUAUACAAGACUAUUAGCAUUUGUUGUGUUUCGCUCGUUCUUCUUGCCCAAAUCAUAAACCUAAUUUCUGUCGCCCUGCUGAGCUCCGGUGUAAGUCGGAGCGCAGUCCUUCCGUGAAAAUCUCCCACUGUGCACUUUUUCUUUGAUUGUGGUUCAUCUUCGUCACUUGUGCUCUUCUUUUCUACCCCCUUUGUAUAUUGGGAUGGCACGGAGAGAGCCUGUUCCCAAGGCUAUUGCACCUUGCUUUCCUCACCUUUGUUACGACUGCACAAGGCCAAGUAUUCAACCGUGAAUGCAAUGAUAAGAUGUUCGCCGGAGAAGUCAUGGGUGCAGCAUUCAUGCAAAGUUCUGUCUAUCCGGAUAGCUGCGGAAGCGACAGGAUAUGGAGAAUGUGGACACAAAGACCCAUGUUCCCAGCACAGUUGUGCACAUUAUUGAUUUAGUACAGUGACCAGCGAUGGCGUCAGAUACCAACCAGAACCUAGUAACAGAAGUUAUAGUCGAGCUCAAGAAAGUGAUACAAGAAGCUCGCGAGGCGCCUGUGGAGAAAGAGAGCUUUUGGCGUUUUAUUUCGUACCUUGAACAGCUUCGUCCUAUUCUUGAUCAGUUGAAUACUGGAAACGCGCCUGAAUUGCCUCUCCGCGUGCAAACUGUAUUGAAUGGCAUCAAGGGAGAGUUGGUGAAUUUUCAGAGUCCUCUGCAGAUAUGCAAAAGUAAGAGCCGACUCUACUUGCUUACAAAUUGUCAGGAAGUGGUGAGAGAAAUUCAGAAAACCACGCAUGGUAUUGGGCGAUGCCUGGCUCGCCUUCCGUCAGUGCAAUCUUCUCCAAGGCGGGAUUCCCGAAUGUGGGAUGUGGGAAAGAAGGCGGAUGAUCUCGCUCGCGAAAUGCAACAAGCGCUAUUCAUGGUUUCUGCAAGUGAGGAGCGCAUAUGCCUAGCGCUGGAAAGAGAAGCCUCGCAAUCAGCACGGCACGAGGAUGCAGAUUCAGGAGUUCAGAAUGCGAUCCUUCUCGACAUUGGUCGUGAAUUGGGGCUCGAACUUGACAGAAAUAGAGGUGCCUUGUUUGAGCAACUCCAGCUACUGCGAAGGGAGCUUGCUGAUUGCCGGGACCGGGGACAGAUAAAAUUGCUUGAAACAAUUGAGAGUAUGUUCCAGUCGUGGACUCUGGAGCCGGCUGUACCGCAUUGGCACACAAUUGUGGAGGCUGGAGAAGAUGACACCAUUGCACCAUUUGACACUUUCCUGUGUCCCUUAUCCAAAAAGGUGAUGAAGGAUCCGGUGUUCCUGCAAUCGGAGCGAACUUAUGAGCGCAGCGCUAUAGAGAAUUGGUUUAACUUUUGUCGUCAGCAAGGACGACCGUCCACAUGCCCUGUCUCUGGACAAGUACUGACAUCCACCGAACUUCGACCUAGCCUGGUGCUUCGCCAUACCAUUCAGGAAUGGGAACAGCGCAAUGUUGCUAUUCGAAUUCGCCUAGCAACCUCUCGCUUAGGCCCAACCGCAUCGGGUGAAGAAGCUGAGCAGGCGCUUGAGGAUAUUAUUCUCGUUGCCGACGACAGCGUUGAAAAUCGGCGCAAGCUCUACGAAGGACUACUUUCUGCAGUGCUAGGUCUAUGGCAGCGGAAUGUAAAGUCACGCGCUCAUCUCCGAAGCCGAGCCAUUGCUGCUCUCCGUGGCAUGGUCGUCGACUCUCAGGAAAAUAAGGAUGCAGUAGUAGACAUGGGAGCGUUGAAGCUUGCCGUGCAAAGUCUAAACAGCGGGGUGGAAAAAGAGAGGGAGUGUGCAGUCGGUCUUCUUUACGAAUUGUCAACCUAUCCUUCCAUGAGUUUACGGAUCGGAUCAGAGAAGGGUGCCAUCGUUGGUCUGAUGGGGGUAACGUCGGCUCACAACGGCAAUGCAGAAAUUAGUAAUCUUGCCGAACACACACUUCUGAAUCUGGAAAACGUGGACGCCAAUGCCUUGCAGAUGGCAGAGGCAGGCCGCUUGAAACCUGUUCUCGCCCGCCUAUGCCAAGGCUCUGAGGAAACUCAAGUGAAGCUCGCUAAGCACUUGAGCCAAAUGAUCCUCACGAACACAAGUAAAGAAGUUGUGGCGGAGACCGGCGGUAAAGCUCUGGUGCGAAUGUUGUCAAUCAGUCCGAAUGCCAGGGAAGCCGCUUUGGGUGUCCUUUACAACUUGUCCACACUAGAAGACACUGCACAUGUAUUAAUCAAGGCUGGAGUUAUUGCCCAUCUGGUGUUCACAAUAUUCUCGUUACCGGCGCCGGAAAACUUGAAGGAAAUGGCGAUAAGCACUCUUGCAAAUCUGGUCGUGGUACCCGGCAGCUGGGAGACCUCGAAAGUGGACAAAGAGGGCCAUCUCUUAUAUUCAGAGAAAGUCCUGCAUAAAAUCUUCGGGCUUCUACAGAACGGGAGCUCGCUAUGGAAGGAGAAGAUCCUGCAAACAUUGUAUGGCAUAGCUUGUUCCACUGAAGUUACAGAUGCUGUGGCAGCAAAUAUAUGCAGCUGCGGCGGCACGAUCACACUCGUGAACUUCAUGUUGCAUUCCGACUCAAACACUCGUUUGAAUGCCUUACGUUUGCUCAGCCUCCUCAGUGUGCGCAUCGGAGAUGACAUUGCUGCAGCCCUACGCUCUACACUCCAGCUGAAGUUUCUAAAGGAGGUCCUUCAACUACAGGGGAAGGCUGUUUUGGAAGAACGCGUUGCGGCUGCAACGAUUCUCGCAAACAUCCCACUUACUGAAUUCGAGGUGAUACGAGUGCUGGAGAUUGAUAUGCUCCAGUGGACUGUCAAUACCCUUCAAGACUGCAAGUCAGGGCGCAUUGGUCGACUGUCAGGGCGUGCAGGAUGCGCAAUGCAGGAAGCAUUGCUGGGCAUCUUACUCCACUUCGCUAGAAACUCGAACGUGGCCAUUCUCAACAGCAUGCGAGAGCUCUAUCUUUUCACCCUCUUUCAGGAGAAGCUGAUGACGCAUUGGACGCCACUAACCAAGGAAAGAUCAGCUGUAGGCCUCCAACUCCUAUCAGAACGCGCUUAUCUCUUCACACUUCGAAAUCCACUGCAGGCUCCUUCCAACCGAGGCGCCUUCUUCGGUUUGUGCCUGUUUCCAUCAAAAACCAUCCGUGACCUGCCGGAAAAAUGCGAUGUGCACGGGGGAGUAUGCGAUCCCAACGGAACAUUCUGCCUCGUCGCUGCCUGUGCUAUCUCACCUCUGAUUGAACUCCUCGAAGAGGAAGACGACUACGGUGUACAAGAAGCUGCGGUAAACGCACUCUCCACCCUCCUCAUGGACGGCGUCGACAUUAAGGGAGGCGUUGAGCAGCUCGCCCACGCCGAAGGCGUCCAACCGAUCUUUGAUCUAUUUUAUAACGUCCGGCAAGGCCGCCUUCAAGAAAAAGCUGUUUGGAUGAUCGAUCGUAUCCUGCGAGUCGAAGAAUACACACAAUUGUACAGUUCCGACCAAGGCCUCGUCAAAGCUCUCAUGGAAGCUCGUCGUCACGGCAGCCCGAACACCCGUGCCCUCGCCCAAGACGCCCUCGCCCGCCUCUCCAAAACCUCCUCCAGCCACCCUCCUGCGUCUUCCUUCCGCAAAAUGGCCAGCAUGCAACGCCGAGACUCCUUGUGACAUGACCUAAAAACACGCAUACAAACAAAGCAAAGCAAUACCAGGCCCUUUACUGCUGACGUUUCUCAACUUCUGCACCACUGUCUUCUCCUACUCAACAGCCGAAAUUGUAUCAUGCCAACAAAUGCAAUAAGCGAAUCCUGUACAACAGUGGUGAGCUUCGAAGAAUCGUAGAACACGUUUCCAUAGAACAGCAACCAUCGUAGGAGCCAAGCCAAGUCCGAGCUGAGACAGGUUUAAGCGUGCCCUAAAACCCUAAAACCUGGUCGCGUGCCACAAUAACUUAGCUCCAUGUUUCAUUACUAUAGACGACCUUUUAAAAUCUCAGAUUGAGACCAAUUCUUAGCGUAGCGUUGUUGUCCCCGAAACCCUAAUUCUGGAGUUCUCUCAAGUGGGGAUAGAGGUUUUGUAUUUGGUUGAUUGAGUUGCUUUUAUGAGCAUCACUUUGUUGUAACUAGGGCUGCUUUGUGGCUUCACACACACA